AUGAGCCUCGCCGCGAUGAGCCUCUUGGGCGCCCAGCUGGUGCCGCUGCUGUUGCUGCUGCUGCCGCCGCUGCCCCUCGCCCUCGCGUGGCCGGGCCCGGGGUCGCCCGCGGGACCCGCCAAGACCCUCCUGCUCAUCCAACCCGAGUCGACGGAGCCGCUGCCUUCCAAGGGCGCGCAAGGAUGUUAUUUCGGUGGCCAGUUCUACACCUUGGAGGAUAACUGGCAUCCUGAUUUAGGGGAGCCCUUUGGCAUCAUGCAGUGUGUGGUGUGCACCUGCGAACCGCAGAGGAAUCGGAGAGGGAAACCGGCAGGCAAAGUCAGCUGUAAGAACAUUAAGCAUAGCUGCCCCAAACUUCCUUGUGCUGAUCCUAUUGUGCUUCCAGGACAAUGUUGCAAAUCCUGUCCCAAAGCCCCCACCUACAUCGUGGAGAAGAGAUCUGAGCAGCUGCUGGAUAGAUGGAAUACUCCCAGGAGAAAAGAAGACGGCUUACACAGGAACUACAACGACCGUGCCUACUUCAGCUCUCAGGACUUGAUCCGAGAUGACAGCCGCUCAGAUUUCGUGGCAUUGCUGAUCGGGGGCUCAGAUCCGAGGAGAGCUGCCUCCGGUGCAGUAGCGAAAGCCAGAUUGACUCUCUCACACAUGCAUCUGGUCUUCUCCAUUAACUACGAAAGGCUGAGCCAACCAAUCCGUGUCCGUUUCUUGGAGUCAGAUGGGACGGUCCUUUUCGAACAUCCUAUACAACAGGGCACCAUCUUCCAAGAUGGUAUGAUCUGUGGCAUGUGGCGGAAUUUGCAGAAGGCUUCCAUCCGGCUCUUGAAGAUGGAUCAAAUGCGCAUCACCUGAUCACCCAGGACUCAUCCGGCAGGGGAGGUCCGAGGCCAGAUUGUCAAGCACCGGGCCCUCUUUGCAGAGACUUUCAGUGCCAUCUUGACGUCCGUGGACCCGACUCACCUGAACACGGAGGGCAUCGCUAUGCUGACCCUGAGCGACACAGAGAACAAUCUGCACUUUGUUCUGGUUACGAAAGGGUUCCUGGAGCCGGCAGGCAAAAAAUCCAAUCGGAUCCCACUGAGGGCAAUCCUACACCAGGACAGGGUUCUCAGGCAGAUCCUGGCUAAUGUCACCUUACAGGUAAGACCCCCCGAUUUUGCAGAGGUGCUGAUGGAACUGGGAGCCAGGAGAUUGCACUGGCUGGCACAAGGACAGCUGAGGAUGACCGCAGAGGUGGAAGGCGGAGUCCGUCAGAAGUUAGCUGGGCACAUCACGGUCCGGAGAAGCUGUGACGCCAUUCAGAGUGUGCUUUGUGGAGCCAACGCCUUGAUACCCACUCACACCGGAGCAGUGGGCUCUGCCAAGAUUGUGCUACAUGGAAAUGGGACAUGGGAAUACCAGAUCCAGGUAGCCGGAACAGGAAGCGAGGUGGGUGGCAUCACCUUGGAGACCAACACGCGAAGAAAUAAACGCAGCAUUUUGUAUGACAUGACCCACAACUACAGGGCUGGCAUGGCCAGUGGCUCCUGGACACAAGCCAGUGGGCGCGAUGCCCACAUGCUGCUGCAGAACGAGCUCUUCUUAAAUGUUGCCACCAAGGACUUUGAGGAUGGAGAAUUGCGUGGACAGAUAAAUGCCAUGCUCUACAACGGACUCUUGGCCCGUUAUCAAGAACUUCCUAUCCCUCUGGCUGGGCAGUUUGUGUCCCCUGCGGUGCACGCGGGCUCUGCAGGCCACGCCUGGGCAUCCUUGGACGAUCACUGCCACCUGCACUACGAAAUUGUGGUGGCCGGCCUGGGCAGGGCAGACGAUGGCACUGUGAGCGCUCACCUGCACGGUUUUGCCGAACUGGGAGAGAUUCAUGAGACCAGCCUCCCUGAGCACCGGAGGCUGCUGAGAAGUUUCUAUGGCACGCAGGCCCAGGGAGUGGUCAAGGAUCUGGACGCAGAGCUGUUUCGCCACCUGGCUCAAGGCACAGCCUUCCUGCAAGUCAGCACCAAAGCGAACCCCCAAGGAGAGAUCCGGGGGAAGGUUCACAUUCCCAACCACUGCAAGGCGGGGGGAUUUCGGCUGGCCUCUGAAAACCAAGAGUUGGAACUCGUUGGAGAACCAAGACCCAGGGACCCCAAAGAGGUGAAGAGAGACCCCAACACCUGCUUUUUUGAAGGUCAACAUCGGCCUCAUGGCUCCCGCUGGGCUCCCGACUAUGACAAGAAAUGUUCUAUAUGCAUCUGUCAGAAGCGGACGGUGAUCUGUGAUCCGGUGUUGUGCCAGCCUCUCAACUGCUCCCAGCCAGUCCAUCAAAGUGAUCAGUGCUGCCCUGUGUGCCAAGAAAGAAAAAAGGAAAACGAAGAACGGAAAAGAGCAGAGAAAAUCCGAGACGGCAGCGAAGGGUGCUAUUUUGAUGGUGACAAGACCUGGAGACGGGCGGGCACACAUUGGCAUCCUGUCGUCCCUCCCUUUGGGCUCAUCAAAUGCGCGAUUUGCACCUGCAAGGGAACCACCGGGGAAGUUCACUGUGAGAAGGUGCAGUGCCCCGAGCUGGCCUGCAGUAACCCCAUCCGGAUCAACCCAUCUGACUGUUGCAAGCAAUGCCCAGCCUCAGAGAAGAGCUCUUCCCUGCUUUCCGACAUGAUGCAGGCGGACGGUCCCCGAGGUUGUAAGUUUGGGCGCCAGUGGUACAUGCACAACGAGAGGUGGCACCCCACGGUUCCCCCUUUUGGGGAGAUGAAAUGCAUCACCUGCUGGUGUCUGUCUGGGGAAACACAUUGCGAGCGUCAGGAAUGUUCUCCAACCUCUUGCUCCAAGGAAGGGAAAAAGGGAGACUCCUGUUGCACCCAGUGCCAAGCAUCAGAGAUCCUUCAAGAAGAAGGUCAAGGGACUUUGGGAGGAGUGACCAAGAGCUCAUGGAGACAUUAACCAGCCCAAACCAAGAAGCAUGGAUGCCCCCAAAGAUAUUUUAAGAGUUGCCGAGGCAGGCAGUCUGGA